UCUAGUUGUGUUUGUUUGCAAUUGCAAUUAUUCACGGAUUGUUGACGGUCGUGGAUACUGCAAUAAUUGAACGUUUCACAUCUCCAUAAAAAUGCCAGAGAAAAAGUUGCACAUAGGGUAGAAAUUGUAUUAGUAAUCACUUGCUUCAGCCCUAUGAUUGUGUGAGUGCAUUUUAUGUUUUUACACUGUUACAAUAUUUUCAACUGUGCGCAUAAAUUGCUUGAAGAAAAGUCAAAAAUUCGAUUUCACAAAAUUGUUUUAAUGUGUUUAUGUGCAGUAGAAGAGCAGCUGUUUAAUGUAAGCAACAAAAUUUAAAGUUCAGUACACGAAUGAUGUUUAUCUGGAUUACACAAUUGAGCGGAUUCUGUGGAUAACUAAUAGGUCAAAAGCAAAAUUUUAUAAUCAUGCCAUUAUGUGUAUGCCUUGGAGCUAUAGAAAGAAAAAAAUAGAGUCAUAACAUCCAGUAAUUAUGUAACAAAAACACCUGCCAUUAUCAGUAAAAAUAACGUAUUGGAUGGAAACGAUGGAGACUGCUAAUACAACUACCCUUCCGAUGGGUACGAGUGCUGUCCUUGUACGUCCAAACACAUUGCUGCCGCCCGAGAAAGAGCCAGUCCACUUUCAAGUCAAUCUGAUCGGGGCCCCUCCAGAAGUAGAACAACUAAUCGAUCAUAUUAAAGCGGUGGCAGAGCAGUUUCUUUAUCACUGGAAAACGUUUCCAAUCAAUUUACCAGCACCACUCUCUGUAAGCCCUGGUGGUGGUGUUGGAAAUGGUGGAGCGGUGACUAAUAACAAUAGCAACAUGACUGGCGCUAACAGGAAAUCACGGCCGAUAAAUCUACGUGAUCUUUUUAUCGCACCACCGUUUGAUGAACUUGAUGCAGUUGCUGCGGAUGGAUCGGGUGAACCUCGUCUACUGAAUACAGCUCAGCUACGAUCUCUGCGCGAAAGAGGCUUGCAAAAGGACAAAUUUGGCAAACCGAAGAAAUUAAAUUUGGAACAAUUGGACUCGAUACAGCUGACAGGUGAGUUCGAGGUCCCAAGUUUAAACUUUCCUGGCCAAAUGCAUCGUUGGCGAUUAUCCCAGUUCCUCCAGAAAGGUUCCAUUCGAACACGUGACUCGCUGCUGGGAGACUUAGCCAUGUCGGCCCGAUUCAUAGUAAUCACGGCAAAAGGGCGUCUGUUUGGAUACUUUUUCUCUGUUGCUCAUGCCGCGCACGCACUACUGCAAGGUUUAACAAAGUUAAUAGAUAUGGUUGUAGGUGUUCCAUCUUUAUUGGCUCAAAAUCUUGAUAACAAAAUUAGAGAAGAGCGUUGUCGUUUUUUGGUUGCCGAGUUGGUUUGUAGGAGCGAAUAUGAAGACUGUUUGGAUGCCCUUUGUGGUUAUGUAAGACAUCAGCUUCGGCGAGCUACAAUGGAAAAAUUUGACGUUAACUGUCAACAGGCUCAGCCAGUACCUUAUUUGUACGCUACUCCAAAGGGUCAAGAUAUUGAUAUGAGAUUGUUUUCAAAAGAUACUAUGCGAAAAGCACUGCCCAUUCUUGUAGGAAUACUUGAGAAAGAAACCCGUGGAUGGUUUCUACACUUCCGCGAACGGCUGAUUGCCGAACUGCGGGAACGAAAAAUGACAGAUUCUGAAAUAGAGGAAGAAGUUAACGAUGCCGUGAUGAAAGAAUAUCUUCAACGAGUAUACACCUCUAUUUUAUCAAAUAGUGAUUUGGCAGACCUCGGCGAAAACAUUCCUCAGUUGUUAGUACAGCAAGCACAAUCUGUGGUUAUAAUGCACAAAGCUGUCGAUAAAAUUCAAAAAGAGCUGAGGAAAUCUCGAGAAGAACAACAAAAGUUAUUACAGGAAGAGCAUCCCGUUUUAUCACGAAUAUUACCUUGGCUGCGAUCUAAACUCGAAGCUGCAGAACAAAAUAAGAUAUCGAAGAUUACAUGGGGAGCACAUGAAGAAGCAUUGAAAAUUGCCCAAAAGCAUAAUUUAUACCAAACAGUAUAUUUUCUGAAUCGUGAUUUGGCAUUCAUGAAGGAGAGAGAACCGAUUCUUCUAAAAGAACUGAAAAAUGCUAAAACUCCGACUAGGAAUUUUCAAUGGGCUUGCCGAAUAUGGUCACCAAAAUCGUGGAUUAUUCGCCGUAGCUUCCAGGGUCACUCAGAAGUGAUACCUACUGUUAUAACUCAGCAAGCCACUUCGAUUGUUACCCCACGCUCUGAUCCUAGUCAGCCGGUGUUUCUCGUUGAAAAAGAACUACUACGCUCAACCAGUACAAGAUGGCCCAUGUGGCGCUUAUUAAACCUUUUCCAACGCACAUGGACCUGGACCUGGAAUAUAAUGUUUUUGCUAGGUGUAAUUGUACCCUGGUGCAGCCCAAUGGGUCUUCGCUCUCUCUUUUGUGUUAAGCCAUUUAUGGCUGAUUUAGAAUUAUCUCAGGUAAAUGGAACUCUCUUCCCACGGAAAACUAGCAUCACGCAGACUAUGUGCUCUCGAUUAAUAGAGUUGUGGCGGCAUAUUUCUAAAGCAAGAACGCAUUUUGAAACGGAACCGGAUACAGGAUUUGUUGGAAAAGGCAUGACGAGACAUUUAAAUCGAUUGUAUAACUAUUUUAUUAAAGGCUUCCUCGGAUCACUUCUUAUUCUUACCUUGUUUCCGCUAAUGUGUCUUAGCGUUAGCAUUAGCAGUAUAGUUUUCGCUGUUACUGCACCCCUAUGGAUGCCUUUCAUCACACUUACGUUACACUUAUAUAUGAUGUUUGUGUAUGAUUUGGAUUGUCCGGAUGAAAGUCGUCGAAAUCGUUAUUGUAUUUUUUUGGAAGCAGUCGGAUGGAAUAUCCUAGUUCAAGGUUUACUUCAACCAGUAACAGCCAUGCUGGUAGCUUUGGUACUUUGUCCAACAGCAUCUAUCUUAAUUUUAUUCGUUGGUGUUGCGAGAUAUUGGUUGCGACUUUUCUGGGAUGCCGUAACUUUUCAUUUGUUUAUAAAGAAAUGUGGAAGAGUUCCUGCAAGUGAUAGUUUUGCUGUUAAACGAAUUGCGGGACCUGGUUUGGCUUUGAACUAUUAUUUUUCUAUAAAACCCGAACAAGCCUUGGCUGCAUUUGAAGCAAAAAUGGAACUUGAUGAAUUACAGGCUUAUCAGCACUCACUGGAAACAACUAUUUGUCAGCCGCAAAAGGAUUACAGUCAGUUUGUGGAAGCGUGUUUUGGCCCCUUUUCAGCUCAACUUUCAAAAACAGUGGGUCCUUAUAGACAACUAGAACGGGAAGGCCAAGAUCUAAUGUCUUCGUUGCACGAAAAAUUAGAGAAGCGACGUAGGGAUUUACAAACUGGUCUGACUACUGCCGUAAAGUCUAGAAUAAAGCUAAACACGAUGGAGUUGAAAAUUGUUAUACAGCAAUCAGCGUACAUGCUAGAAAAGUUUUACCCGUUUCAUGUUAUAGCAAGGCUUUCGAUAAGCGAGGACGAGUUCUGGGAUGCCAAGGGGCUAUCCGUUGGUGAUUGGGCCGGUUUAGCUGGAUUGUUAUAUGCCGAUAUUUUCAGCUUAGAUUUUUUGACACCUUUAUCUGAAAAUGAUACACAAUUUAAAUUGGAGCCGCACUCACAAUUGGAUUUGUCCCGUUACACAGAAAUGGUACAAAAUACAAGCGACAUAAUGGGUAUCAAUGGUCCGGAUUUACUAGGUAAUGUGUAUGCCCCCCGAGGAAAUAUCCAAGUUCAUUCGCCAUAUCUGGAAGUUUCUGCUUUUAAUCCUCGAUCACGAGUAAUGAUCAAUUCUCGUAGGGCGGAAAAGAGAAAUGAUACAUGCUCCGGUUUGACAACACCUAGGGUAAGGGCUCGUCGAUCUCCUAUACCCACAACAAAAUCAGUGAACAGUUGGAAGCCUUGGAAACGAAAAGAGCAUAAAAAACAUGCAGCUGAUAAAUUGUUAAUUCCGCUGCCUAUUCCACAUCCUGUCCAUAUAGCCAUAUCAAUCUAUAACCGCGAUUCCGAGCAUCCCAUUCCGAUCGAAUCGGAUAUUUGUUGGGAUAUCCUAAGAUCAAUUGAAGAAUGCCAAGGAGAUUUGGAAGCAAUUCUACGUUUCCGUGAAUCUGGAGGUGAAGCAAAUCGAUCAAUAGGGAUCAGUGUCGACGGUUUGGCCGCCAUAGACUCUAGUAUGGACUCAUUAGACUCCCAAAAUUCCUCGAACUCCGGGACCAAGGAUAGCAUGGAUAUGAUUGCUGGGGCUAGUGAAACUUUGCCGUGUACUAAUAGAGAGGUAACAAUAAUAAUGCCAUCAACUAUUAUGGGAGCUAUCGAAGCAAACAAUGAAAGGUCAUAUACGGAGCAAGCUAUUACUGUUCGAGAGGAUGGCGAAGAAACACCGAUCGUUGUACCAUCCCAUUUUCACUGGACAUUGAGUAACUGGGGUGGUGGUGGUUCACGGGCGCAAACGGCUGCUGCAGCGCGUCGAAGAAACACCAGUUUUACAUAUAACAGCACUACAACUACUGUUCAAGAUAAUUUGAAUAGUGCUAGUACCAUUUCUCAUAAUGACGCACAUCUAGAACAGAUUCGUGUUGAUUUAGCAAGUCCUGAGGAUAUAUCGCUAGACACGGACAGUUCACGAGCUGUAUUUAGUACCGCAUAUGGAACUACUGUUUGAAGCUUGAUUUGCUUCUACUAGAAACACAUAAGUUAUAAGGUAUUAUGUGAUGAAAAGCAGAAGCAGAUUUAUGUUUCUUGAAUCGGGUUAUAAUUUUCAAACUCCACGUGCAUUAGAAAUGCAUAUAUUUAUACAAUAGUGUUGAAGUUUUUUGUUUUAAAAAAAGUUUGUUUAUUUUACACCUGCAAGAUACAUUUUAUUUAAACUUAAUAAUCAUUUAGUUCCGUUUUUUCGGUUUUUCUAGUCUAAGCCAUGACCAUUUAUUGCUGCCAAAAAGUUAAUUGGUUAUGUACCUAAACGUAUUGUGUGUUUUUUUAUUGAGACAUAACAGUUUAGAUUAACAGAUUACUAACUGAAUGACAUACAUACGAAUAUACUUUUCCGAUCGCUAUCAAAGAGGUAACGUUUUAUAUUUAUAAUCUGUAUUCAAUUCAAAGGCAUUUAUCCAAGUCUAUUACUGCAAACCAGCUAGGUUUAAUGAAAAUGUAUGUGACGGUGACAAUGUUUGUAAGCCGCUAACAAGUCGUUGAGGUUCAUUGAAAAAUUUAAUUUUAUGCUAUCCCACUGUAAUUUCCGUGCAUUUUAAAUCGAUUAUUUAUUGAUUUGGGUAUUAAGUUUAUAUUGAAGUUUUGAAUAGGUAUGCUUACAAAAAAGUUAGCUUUUUCUAAAAUUCAACCAAAUAAAAGAUUGUUAUAGUUUGUCUGAAAUUGAAGAGCUGUCAACAGCUGUGCGAAUGUUGUUCCUCGCAGUGGCGUAGCGUGACUGGGUGACACACGGGGCGGAAAAUUUUGGGUGUCACCACCUAGGACGCAGUAAAAUUUUGAAUUAUGCGGAACACUUAAGCUCUGACAACUCUAUCUAAACCCUGAUUACUAUAAUAUUUCAAAAUAAUGCGAAAUUAGUUGCCUGAUUUGACCUGAGAACGUGACUUUUCCUCAAAUUGUUCAUUUUUAGCAAACAAUUGUAAUGUUCCAUUCUGCGUUGGCUUGGCAAACUACUUAUUUGAAAAAUAAAAUAAAAUCACCAGAACUUCUGCAUAAACGCAGGUGACCAAACUAUGCUAAAAGAUGUCGAUAGCUUCAAUAUCAGCAAUAAACCAUAAACCUGUUUUUGAGGGCCUCUAAGCUGUUAGGACCCUUUAAUUUUCAUCCAUAUGCUUCCAUAUCUUUCUGUUGUGAUUUCUUUUUUCAAAAUUAGGUUGAAAUAGUAGAAGAAGAAUGAUGAGUUGCGUUUUUUUUUCUAUUGCAAGAGAAACAUUCUACUUGCGAGGACGUAUUAUCCAAAAACUUGUUUUAAAAUAUACUGCCAAUCAUGUUCAGCUCAUGCUCGUUGAAUACAAUAAAAACUUCAUUUCCGCUGUGAUAUAUUCCAAAAGCAGGUCAAUGUGACGGCAUAAAAGUAACGUUGUGAAAACUAGAAAAAUAAUUUCAAAAAUGAUGUUACAUAGUAUAAAGCAGUACUUUCUUCAUAAUACUAUGUUUAGUUGAGCUACUCAUUUGCAUGAUAUAUUGAAAACAAUGCAUUUAAGGUCAAAAUAUGAAAAUGUUGUUUACUCGAAGAACCAAUUUUGCAAAUGUUACAAUUAUGCGAUCAUGGGCAAUAUAGUACGGGAAUAUUUCGUCUCGCAUCGUCUAAGGCUCCUUGAUUAACGUUAAGAUAAUUUGCUGGUCUCAUAAGCCACUUAUCAUAUGUUCAAGCCUAGAAUGCAACUUUGUACUUACAAUAAACGACUAACUGCUCGUUAUUUGGCGUUCCAGUUAAUUGUUUAAUUGAAAACUCGAAACAUAAAAAUAACAGAAUUUUUCGAUUCAAUACUUCAACCAACCUAAUUUUCAACCUAAUACUGAAUCCUGCUUACCUCUUCUUAUAGCAACAUAAUUUGUCGCUUACAAUUUUUUUUUCUCUCCAACCAUAUUGGUUAAUGAAUUCUCUGUAUACCGAAACAAAAAAUUACACUUUCUUGUCUUCUUUCUUCGCCAUUUACAAGUAGUUUUUGACUCUCAGCGAUGCAUGGUCUUAAUCGAUCCCGUAAAAAACGUGAUCUUUUUAUACGUGUUCCUUCUGUGUUUCCCGGGUAAGUUUGUAUAACAACUUGAUUCCCAUUUCACCAUACAGAAAAUAUUUUUUUAGUAUGCCGCGACAAAUUCGAUCAUUGUGAAAAGUCACGCGGGUUGAAAUUAGAUUAGUAAUCCCUUUACCGUGGAACAUCUCAGAAUAAUAUCAAUGCGAAUACUGUUAACUUUCAUUUCUCAAACGGUAAUUAUUCCAGAUUCUAUCAUUCCUUUUUCCAAUGAAUUAAGGCAGAUUUGGCAAUUGGUUGAUGCAUACCUACUAAUAAAAGUUAAAACUUAUCACAAACCGCAACCUUAAUAGUUAAGAACAUUUAGUAACUAGAAAUAAAUAAAUUUUUUAAAGAAUUUACACAGGAAGCAGCUCGGCUAGAAAUAUGUUUUGUUCAAGGAAUAACUUGUGAAUCUGUCCACGUUAUUUUUAUUGUUUUAUUGGUUUCGUAAAACAAAUAACCUACACAUGACUAACGCUCUCUAUUAUUUUCCUUUAAUAUUGCAAUAACAGAGAUGUUUAAGCAACGAAUGCUUAAACUAUUCAAUAAGGAUAAUUCUAAACGCUCAUUUAAGUUCAUAUUCGAAGUAAAAACCAAAGAUCAAAUUGAAUAUUUAUUCCCACUCUUUUUUUCUCGCAUAAAAAAUGGGAGUAUAACGGACGUUUUUGCGGUAACAUUUAUUCAAUCCUACACCUACUUUUGUAUAACAAGCUUGAGCGUUUCUGUACAUAUAGAAUAAUAUACAUAGAUUAACCAUCCAUAGUAAAAAUCUUUGUAAUGCGUAUUUCAUUAAUAUAUUCAAAAUAAAAUGGUCAUCAUCCAGUGAUGCACAAGUUUGCAAUUGAAAAGUUUCAAUCA